UGUGAUUUUUUGUUAUAAAUGAAGUGAAAUUAUAGGAAGUGUCUUUUGCUCUGAAAUGUAAAGUGUUUUCAAUUUAGUUAAAAUACUCGCUUCAUUAAUUAAUUGGAUCAAAAGAAACAACUCAAAAUAAAUGGAGGCAGCAGCAGCAAGACGGGAGCAAGAACCGCGGCCUCUGACCAGCAAACUGCAUAUAGUAUGCACUACAAUGCUUAUAAUGGCCGGUAUGGGCUUGUUGGACGGCUACUUGGUCGACCAAAACUUGGGCAGUAGACGAACUGGUGUUUUCGUAAUGUUGCUUAUAGGAGACGUGUGCCUUCUUUUGGUGUUACGCUAUGUAGCUCUCUGGGUCGGAAGCGAAGUCCGCACUUCCAAACGAGGCUCUUCAAUGAUCGAAUGGUUCCUCUUCGUCUUCGUCCUUGACAUCAAGAUGUAUUUCAUCUUAGAGAGCGUCCGGAAGAAAUGCUCCGCUGUAGGAAUGGUUGCAAGCUCCGCCCCUCUAAAAUCAGCCUCCGCGAACGCUCCUCCGGGAAAGAUGAUGACUAGAGAUGUAAAUGAUGAUGACUUACUUCUAGACCCGAUGACGGUAUAUGACAACGAUCCGAUAAUGGGAAGUCUAUCUUCCCCGUUCGUCGGAUGCGAGUACAGUCUCAUUGCGAAGAAAUCCCUCACUUUAUUUCAAGCGAUAGUAAUCGGCGGACUGUAUCUCCUCCUAGUCGGAGCAGAUCACCUAAAACAUCUUCCAGACCUUAGAUCCCUUGAGGAAGUGAAGAUGAGAGCAUUCUGGGUGGUCAUAGAUCUCUUGGAUAUCCUAGAACUACAAUCAACUAUGUGGGAGACGACGCAAGGCGAGCUUCCAUAUUUAGUCGUGGGCUUCGUGUACUUCUACUGCUACAUAGUACUUAUAAUACUUCCUCCUCUUGCAUUGGCUGAAAUGAACAAAGGUGAAGGCGAAACUCGUCCGCAUGAAAUGCUUAUUUACCUGGUAGCAAGUCUAUGCGUUGUAAACGUAGGUUCGACUGCCAUAAGAUGCGUUCUGCUGUUCCGACACAAAUUUGCCAACACUUCGACCAUAUUUAUUGGCAAGAAUAUUAUCUGUCUUGGAAUGAAGAUCACCAGAUUAAUUCAAAUCCGUUUAAUUGAGAGUGGACGCCUGCAUUUUACACCAUCGUUAGAAAUGACAGAAACAGACAACCAUAAUCGGCCGCCCAAUAUGUUGCCUAACGGUAACCUAAUCUGCUCUGACGGUAUGAACCAUAAAUGCGAGUCAGAGGACGGCGAAGACGAGAAGAGUCUUUGUCCACAACAUGGAUAUAAAAAUAAUUUCAGUCCACGAGACCAUUGGAAAGACGCAGGGGAACACUGUACAGAAGGUAGCGAAGAGUUCCUCAACCACUGUGAAGAUAAGAGCCGGAGUGCUGUCAGCGACUACUCAACAUUCGCGCAGACCUCAUGCUCGGUGGCGGACGGCGUCCCUACUUCGCAGUCCAACUACGGUGAUGAAAAAAUCACCAUGACGUACAAGAACGGACCUUUUUCGAAGCAAGUUAAGUUCUACGGAAAAAACGAAGCGAAAACGUCGGCUGAUGAAGCCAACUGUCGAAUAUGCUCCGCAACGUCAUGCUCUGACGUCAGCUCGUUGUUAAACAGGAAGACCAAUGCUACAAACGAAAGCGCAUCGAAUACUCCGGCAUCUGCAAUGCAAAUGAAAGCAGGCGACGACCAUACUUCAUUAUCCUACCAUAGGCUGGACUUUGCUGGGGGAGUUCAGUGCAGAAAUGCGGGAGACCUUCAGAUACCGCUUGUACCAGGAAGCAUUCCAGAAAACCGACGCUCGUGCAUCGUUUCUUCGUUUGAACCACCGAGCACUUCGGCAGCGCCAGUGGCUUGGCACUCAUCCAAUGACGUCACUCGUCCUAUGACGUUGUCCAAUUUGCCGUCAGAACUAGAUGUACAUCACUGGAGAGCGGGAGACGGCUUGUAUCCUGCUACAAGCAGCGAGUGUGCGGCCAACCGCUUCGAUCGUGGUUACUUAAGUGACAGCGAAGUCUCAGACUACGCCCCACAGCCGCCGUCAAUGACGCUCAUGGAUACGAAAACGAGUCUCAAGGCGGAGACGCACGCAAACUCGAGAAGUUGUUCAGCCCACAGCGCUAUGGAGAGCGACGCGGAAAGCACUUCCGUGUAACGGACCGCAGAUGCUUCGAUUUUAAUUGACACGCACACCGCGAAAGAGCUUCGGGCGGAUUGCCGAACAUUAGCGGGGCUUCUUGACUGUCGCGCCCGCGGAAACACGCAGCGUGACACGGCCGCUACACUUGCCUCUGUAAUUGUUAUUUAACGCGUUCGAUCAAUGCAAUGAGAUUCAUGGACGCGGCAAAAAAGUCAAUCAUCUCACGUUCCUCGUGGAAUAGAUGCGCAGGAUUUAAUUAAAGAAAACACGCCAGGUA